CACCGAGAGGGUUUCUGCACUCGAACAUGUUCAAUUUGCCCGGCAAAAUACGUCAUGUUCGCUUUGCCCCUCUACAUGCCUGCCUGUCGUAGCGGCAGCGCUGUAGCCUACUGAGAACGGUGAUGAGAGAUGAACCGCAGUUUAUAUGUUGAUAUAUGUUGGAUGCUGCUGCAGCGACGGCCUUCCGUGUUUAGUCCAUGCGGAAGAGUGCUUUCUAAACGGCUAGUAGAGGAUUUCGACCUGGAUAAAAUAGACUAGGAAGCGGACUCACCCAGAAACAGCUCCAUCCACCCAUACCAUCGAAUGUGUUGAUCACAGUGCGGCCCAGUUGUCCUAAUUCGAAGCCGGGGGCUAGAUUUGGAACGUCGCAGGAACAUGGAGGAACUAUGAGGGGAGGAGGAGAAGGAGAGAGGGAGAACAGACUCUCUGCUGGAGGCCAGAUUCUGAUAUCAUCCAGUUGGGACUACAGCAGAACACAGUGACUCGUCAGAUGUUGAAGCGAUGGCCGUGUGGACUGAGCUAUAGCGCUGCAACAUUCAUACACAUAGAUGCCCCCCUCCUAACCCCCUGAGCCCCCUACAGCCUCCCCACCCUCCCUCUGUCUCUCCUCCAUCUCUCCUUCCUCUGUCAUCCCUCUACCCCCUCUGAUCCCAGCCUCUUUCUGAUCUAAUUGUCUCUCACUGUCUUCUUCUCUCUCCUUUUCUCUGCAUCUCUCUUUUUCUCUCUCUCUCUCCCGCACUCCAUCAUGGCGUGUUGUGGUCGCUCUCUUGACUCCCCCUGUACCCUGGCCCUAUUGGUGGGCUUCCAGUUUGCCUUUGUGGUCUACUUCUCCCUGGGGGGCUUCAGGGGGCUGGUGUCCGUACUGGUCCACUCUGAGCAGCCUGAGUUUGACUACUCCCGCCCCCACGACGUGUACACCAACCUCAGCCACCUGGGGGCGCCACCAGCCCCCCACAUAGGCACCGGACCACCAGGGACAGGGGCUCAGCUGAAGGACUGCAAGGUGCCCUCACCACUACUGGUCGGUCCUGUGUCUGUGCGUCUGUCCUCGCCUCUCUCUCUGGAGGAGAUCAGGGAGAGGAACCCGUUGGUGUUACCGGGAGGCCGGUACAGCCCCCCAGACUGCCAGCCGCAUCACCACACGGCCAUCGUGGUGCCGUACCGUAACCGCCAGACUCACCUCCGAGCCCUACUCUACCACCUCCACCCCUUCCUACAGAGACAACAGAUUCACUACAGUAUCUACAUAGUCCAGCAGUGGGGUAACUCUACAUUUAACCGGGCUAAGCUGUUGAAUGUUGGGGUCCGCGAGGCGCUGAGAGACGAGGACUGGGGGUGUAUCUUCCUACACGAUGUAGAUCUGCUGCCUGAAAAUGACCAUAACACCUACACCUGUCACAAUCAGUUCCCCACACACCUCUCCGUUGCCAUGGACAAGUUCAGAUACAGGUUGCCGUACCCCCAGUAUUUCGGAGGGGUAUCUGCGGUCACACCUGAGCAGUACAUGAAGAUGAACGGAUUCCCCAACACCUAUUGGGGCUGGGGUGGGGAGGACGAUGACAUCGCUGCCAGAGUGCGUCUGUCUGGGAUGAAGAUAGUGCGCCCUCCAGUGGCCAUCGGACAUUACAAGAUGAUCAAGCAUAAAGGAGACAGGGGCAACGAGCAGAAUCCACGCAGGUUUGACCUUCUGAAACGGACCAGGCUCAACUGGCAUUCUGAUGGUCUGAACUCUCUGACCUACGAGCUGUUAUCCAAAGAGCUGCAGCCUCUCUACACCAACCUGACGGUCGACAUCGGGGAUGACCCUCGUCUGCCCCAGAGGAAAGCCACGCCUCCUAUGCCCAAACGUGAGGUGAAGGGGGAUGAAUUACCUCCCCUUGUGCCAUGGAGCAAACAUGGAUCAAAGAGGAGGGGAGACACACCCCUUGCAGCCAAACAUGACGUAAAGGGGGAGGGGCAAGCCGUUAAAGUGGGUGUGGUUACAGCUGUGACUACAGCUAAACCUGACAAGGUAGACCACGCCCAGUCAAAGACAGUGCAUCAGACUGUAGAUGAGAGGGCGGGUGUGGUAAAGUAGGAAGAAGGCUGGGCUGGAGAUAUGGGGUGCAUCUCAUUGGUCUAAAGCUGCCCCCUCUCUUCUUCUCUCCUGCAUCUGAAAACACAGGAUGGGUGUUAGCAAUGUGGAGGAUGUUACUGUCCUGUCCAGUUCUACCACAUCAGUGCAGAUGAAGGAAAGGACAUGAUGAGAUGAAGCCAUUUUAGACUAUUGAGAUGCACACUAAAAUGACACACCUUCUGUUCCUUGAUUAUCAUAGGGUCCCUUAUGAGGGGACCAGUAAAGCUAGCUAUGUCCGUGAAACUAGAUAUUGUGAAGGAUAGGGCUUAGGCUACAGCCAACUCAAAACCCUUCUGAAUGUGACUCACCUCCAGCGACAGUCACGGUAUUCAAACAAACUCUCCACCCUUCCUCUCUCAGAAGACUACACCACCGUUAUUACCAGUUGGUUUCAUUGGUUCUCAAACCUCUCUUUGGGGAUCCCCAGACGUUUCACAGUUUUGUUGUAGCCCUGAGUUAACUCACCUGAUUCCAGUAGUCAACGGCUUGAUGAGCUACUGAAUCAGGUGUGCUAGCUCUGGAAUAGUUCAAAUACAUGGGGUCCCUGAGGAGAGGUUUGAGAACCACUGAACCAGACAACUGGUAUGUGAAGGGUGUUGUAGUCUUCUGAGAGAGGACGGGUGGAGAGGUUUUAGAACCACUGGUCUGAUGGACAGGUAACGUCAUGUGUGGUGAACAUUAAUUCUGAAGAGAGAGAUUGUGACAUCAGCAUUUAAUCAAACCCAAUUAAAACUCCGGAGUUCCUUUUUUCAGCCAAUGGGAUGCCAGAUCUUGCGAGCAACCAAUCCGCUGCCAACCCACUGCUGUUCUCAGCCAAUCAUCUCCUAGUUGACUUCUGGCUUCAGCCUAUCCGCUCCCAGAAACUGCUGCUGUUGGUCCGCCCUAUUGUGUGGGUCAGUGUUUCUGUGCCUUCUCUCUUCUAUUGCUCUUUUAUGGAGUGGGACAAAGUUGUCCCUAGACGCUGAUCUGGGGUCUGUUUUCUGUUGUCCCUUUUAUGGUUACGUAUAUAUAUUGGGUCAGGGUAAACUGAUGCUAAGUCUGUAUCUACAGGCAACUUCUUCUCUGAGCACCAUUUUAUAUCCGUUUGCCCGAUCAGUGCUUUCACCCUCCAGACGUAUCAGAUGACUGUAGGAUUUAUAUUUAUAUAGAGAUGUUUGUUUACUUUGAGUCGGGUGCCUCUUGAUUGUGUAUUUGGGUUUAGAGACAAUCUAAUCUAAGGGUAAAAAUGUAAACUGUGUUACUAAUCGCUUCACAUAGAGAAAGAAAUCUCUACGUAAAGGGAAGUUAAGUAUUCUAUGCCUCAAAUACCAUAGACUUGGUUCUAUAGUUUGUUAUCUAGUUUGAAUAUACUGUCUUUAAGUGAGUGAACUUAUGUCCAUCCAGUACAGAAUCCCUCAUAGCCAUCCAUGUUGAUUUCAUAUCAGCCAUCUGGAAUGUACUGUACAUACUUUAUCAUACUAGUUUACUAUAAUCCAAAAACAAUAAGAUAUGUUUCAGUGAGGGGAGGUUCUGGAGCCAGUUUGUAGGAGGAGCUAUAAGGUAACUAACUACCUGUACUGUAUUUCCUGCUGCGAUGUGAUUGGAUAAAGGAGUGUGUCUGGGGGGUUCUGAAGAUUCUCCUGUGUAGAACAUAGGGUUUCAUUAGAGAGAUGCUCAUUUCAAGCUUAUAUGCUGUUCAUGAGUUGAUAUAAAAAAAUAUUCAGAUCCACAUUAGCUGUUGAAGAAUCAGCAACUAUUCUUCUUGGGGUCCACACAAAACAUAGAACAUGACAAAAUACAGGUUACUAAUGGACAAGAACAGCAACACAAACAAUACGAGUAUUUUAAAAAGAAGAAAGAGAAAUUAAUAAUAUUAAUCUUAAACAUUCAAGAAUAAUGUGUGUUUUGAAUGUUUUUUUUUCAUGAUUUAUUUCACUUAACUACUGUUACUGAUGCUAAUUUGAAUGUAUUUUAUUUAUUAAACUACUGUUAGGAUUUGGGUUUUACCCGUUAAGCUUACUUACAGCAGUGAGUAUUUACUCAAGAGGAGCAUUCCAUAGCAUCAACAAUGCCUCAUAUCAGAAUGUAGACCAGCCUUUUAACGUGAAAGAAAGGGUGGUUCAUAUUAUCCAUGUAGUUGUCAUGGUUACUAGCACUGUGCUGAACUUAUAUGACGGACUUAAAGUUCCAAACCUUGCAGAUACUGUAGAAAUUAGAUUUAGAAUGGAAACAAUUGAAUUCUUUAUCAGGUAGAACAGCUAAUUUGAUAUAUUCUAUAUUUCUAUUUCUGUCUUCUACAUUCUAAACAUUAUGCCUCAAUAAGCCCCAUGUUUUAAAGAAUGGAAUGCUGUAGGCAACCCUGUUCCUGGAGUGUCGCAGGUACUGCAGGGUUUUGUUCCAACUAGUCACCACACAUGACCAACUGAGCCAUGCAGCACUCCAGGACCCCUGCUGUAGGCUAUGUACUGUAUGUCUCUGAUUCAGUGUACAGCAUAUCAUACAUAUAUGCCCUCUUGCUGUCUGAGAGAGAGCUUUACUUUUUUACGGCCGUGAUUGGGAGUCCCAUAGGGCGGCGCACAAUUGGCCCAGCGUCGUCCGGAUUAGGGUUUGGCCGGGGUAGGCCGUCAUUGUAAAUACGAAUUUGUU